GCGGCCGCAGCUGCCCGCGGGCGGAGCGCUCUCAGACCCCGGAGCGCACACCGCGGGGUCAUCGGUGCCAUCGCGGAUCUCCAGGAUCCUCGUCAGUCCGCCGGCGCGGCAGCAGCGCUUCUGGGAAGACUGGAGAUGAACCGAAGGGCGGCUGCGGGCAGGGGCGCGCGAUCCUAAGGACAGUGGCUCCCUGAACGCUGAGCCGGAGGAGACGAAGGGAAGGUGGAGCGGACGCCACCCGCGCACCGGGCAGGCGCGGAGACCGGCGUGGGACAGCCACCUGGAGCGCAGCUGCCAGAAAGAAGGACUUUGCUGCUUUGGGCCAGGCUCUGAACUUAGGUGUAAACCAUUGCCCUGGCAGAGGGAACCUGCUCAGUCCAUUGCUUCCUGCAACAAGAUAUGAACAGUAAUGGCACAUAUUUUGGUUAUGAGUCACUCAGUGGACUGUGGAUUGAAUGAACUGUAUCCAUCCCCAUCAUGAGGUACAGAACCAAGUCUCUUCACUACUUUUCCUGUGGCGUGACACCUGGUCUCUUUCUAGAAGGAAAGUUCAACAAACAGCACAGUUCUGGACACAUUGUAUUGGUUUGAUGCUCCUACCUGGAACAGGUGGAGCUGGUCUCUUGGGCAGCCUGACAUCUGGUCCACUCCUCUGUCCUAUGCCGGGAUCAUCAUGACCAUAGAGAUUAUGUCACUGUUUUGCAUCCUUGUUACAUAACUCAGUUCCUGGUAGAUUACUAUGUCAGACAGUCACAAUGUCCUUGCACAAUAACAGUACAACCUCGCCUUUGUUUCCAAACAUCAGCUCUUCCUGGAUACACAGCCCCUCCGAUGCAGGGCUGCCCCCGGGAACCAUCACUCAUUUCGGCAGCUACAAUGUUUCUCGAGGAGCUGGGAAUUUCUCCUCUCCAAACGGUACCACCGAUGACCCUCUGGGAGGUCACACCGUCUGGCAAGUGGUCUUCAUCGCUUUCUUAACGGGCAUCCUGGCCUUGGUGACCAUCAUCGGCAACAUCCUGGUAAUUGUGUCAUUUAAGGUCAACAAGCAGCUGAAGACGGUCAACAACUACUUCCUCUUAAGCCUGGCCUGUGCCGAUCUGAUUAUCGGGGUCAUUUCAAUGAAUCUGUUUACGACCUACAUCAUCAUGAAUCGAUGGGCCUUAGGGAACUUGGCCUGUGACCUCUGGCUUGCCAUUGACUACGUAGCCAGCAAUGCCUCUGUUAUGAAUCUUCUGGUCAUCAGCUUUGACAGAUACUUUUCCAUCACGAGGCCGCUCACGUACCGAGCCAAACGAACAACAAAGAGAGCUGGUGUGAUGAUCGGUCUGGCUUGGGUCAUCUCCUUUGUCCUUUGGGCUCCUGCCAUCUUGUUCUGGCAAUACUUUGUUGGAAAGAGAACCGUCCCUCCGGGAGAGUGCUUCAUUCAGUUCCUCAGUGAGCCCACCAUUACUUUUGGCACAGCCAUCGCUGCUUUUUAUAUGCCUGUCACCAUUAUGACUAUUUUAUACUGGAGGAUCUAUAAGGAAACUGAAAAGCGUACCAAAGAGCUUGCUGGGCUGCAAGCCUCUGGGACAGAGGCAGAGACAGAAAACUUUGUCCACCCCACGGGCAGUUCUCGAAGCUGCAGCAGUUACGAACUUCAACAGCAAAGCAUGAAACGCUCCAACAGGAGAAAGUAUGGCCGCUGCCACUUCUGGUUCACAACCAAGAGCUGGAAACCCAGCUCCGAGCAGAUGGACCAAGACCACAGCAGCAGUGACAGCUGGAACAACAAUGAUGCUGCUGCCUCCCUGGAGAACUCCGCCUCCUCCGACGAGGAGGACAUUGGCUCCGAGACGAGAGCCAUCUACUCCAUCGUGCUCAAGCUUCCGGGUCACAGCACCAUCCUCAACUCCACCAAGUUACCCUCAUCGGACAACCUGCAGGUGCCUGAGGAGGAGCUGGGGAUGGUGGACUUGGAGAGGAAAGGCAGCAAACUGCAGGCCCAGAAGAGCGUGGACGAUGGAGGCAGUUUUCCAAAAAGCUUCUCCAAGCUUCCCAUCCAGCUAGAGUCAGCCGUGGACACAGCCAAGACUUCUGACGUCAACUCCUCAGUGGGUAAGACCACGGCCACUCUACCUCUGUCCUUCAAGGAAGCCACUCUGGCCAAGAGGUUUGCUCUGAAGACCAGAAGUCAGAUCACUAAGCGGAAAAGGAUGUCCCUCGUCAAGGAGAAGAAAGCAGCCCAGACCCUCAGUGCGAUCUUGCUUGCCUUCAUCAUCACUUGGACCCCAUACAACAUCAUGGUUCUGGUGAACACCUUUUGUGACAGCUGCAUACCCAAAACCUUUUGGAAUCUGGGCUACUGGCUGUGCUACAUCAACAGCACCGUGAACCCCGUGUGCUAUGCUCUGUGCAACAAAACAUUCAGAACCACUUUCAAGAUGCUGCUGCUGUGCCAGUGUGACAAAAAAAAGAGGCGCAAGCAGCAGUACCAGCAGAGACAGUCGGUCAUUUUUCACAAGCGCGCACCCGAGCAGGCCUUGUAGAAUGAGGUUUUAUCAAUAGCAGUGACAAAACGCACACAUCAACCCACAGACCUUAGGAGGAGGAAGGCAAGGGUGGGGUGACUUCUGGUGAUGAUAAAAAUGGUUUUAUCACCCAGAUGUGAAAGAAGCUGCCUGUUUACUGAUCCAUUGAAUAAACCCAUUUUAAUAGAAAAAGUCAAUACCAAUUCAGCAAAAAAAAAAAACAUACUACUGAAUAUAAAGAAAUUUAUUCUGAAAUAGACUUUACAUGUUUUUUUCUUAAAGAGGAGAAAAAUAUUGCUUUACGGCAAUUAUAUACCCAAAUUGAUUUGCCUGGGUCCUUUAAUUCCCAUUAGCUUUGGAAUCUCAGAUGAGCGUAGCUGACCCAGUUCCCACAUUCUUCCCAAGGAUCCCAAAAGUGGGAAUCCAGACCCCAAGUGGAACACUGCAGGCUAACGAAUCUGUGGUUCCAAAAUUAUUUCAUACGUUGCAAAGCUGAAUCUUCUUGUCCCAAUAGAGCUUCCUGUCUUUUCUUUGGUGUGUUGUUAAACUCUAUUUGUGGACUUGAUUCUUGAUUCUUGCAAAGUACUGUUUUGUGCAGUUCAAGUUUCGUACAAAUAAAAAUACUUAAGUAUAUAUAUAUAUGUGUGAGUUCUGCACGCACACACAUAGUGUAUAUAAUAUCAUGGGAAACACUGAACUGGCAAAUUAUUCCUGCAAUAUACGCUUUCAGUACUUUGGUAACUGAAGUUCUCUAGGAUCCUAAUGCAACAUUAACGUGAAAUAAGCCCAGUUUAAUGUUUUUGAAACCAGGGCUGUUUUCCACAGAGAGCAGCCAGGCCUUCCCAGCAGGUCUGUGCAGAGCGGACAGGCUCAUGAGUCAGCUGAGCACCGUGGCUUCGCCAGACUUGGUGUUAAGCAAUCUCCUUUGUUGAUGUCUCAACAGAGCUAAAUCGGGGCCCCUCUGAGCUCAAAGAAUGAACCACUUCCACACGUUUGAAUUUAAUCAUCUAAAUCUGAAUGUUUCAAAACAAAAUUUCUGCUAUCUAAACUGCUUGAAACUCAACAAUAGUGUCACGUUUGAAUGUCAUACACAGCAAUAUAUAUAUAUGUGUGUAUAUAUAUAUAUGGCAAAGCAAAAAAAAAAAAAUGGUAAGACAGAAUGAAGGAGAACAUUGUGUUUGAUUCUUGCUGAAUGGCGCCUUCUAAAGGAAAACAGGGCUUGCACCUUUGUUACUCAGCUGUGGCCAGUGCUUUCUGGUGUCAUUGUGUAAGCUUCACCCAGGAAUAGGUGAGGUUUAGGAAGUUACAUGUCCUCUGAAGAAAGAAUUCCACUCUGAAAAGUAAUGCUUCAAAUUGAUUUCCUUACCUUUUGGGGAAAAAAAAAUUGUUUUUUUGCAUUCUCCCUUGAAUUGACCAAAAUGUUAACUGUUUCAUCUGGGGAGGGGAUGGGGUGCUGCCGUCAUUGUCGUUGUUGUUGCUGCUCUAGCUGUUGGGGUUUCUUUUCUUGUUGCCGGGGCUGUUUGGGGAGAGGGAGGGGAGGGAGGUGGGAGGGCCGCGGAGAUAUCUUCCCUUUGUACAGGGCAUUCGUGUUGUGAACCCAGAGCUGGGUAGAAGCUGCUUUUGUAUUCAGUGUGAGGUGGUGUUUACAGACGACUUUGACAACAGUGGAAGUGUACUCAGUGGUGUCUGUGUAUCUGAACUAUUUAAUUUCGUGUUAUGUUUAUAUGCAGAAAUAUUUAUGGAUACUACACCAAGUGUUUAUUUAAUGUUGAUAAAUAUUACUCUUCAGUCGUCAGCCAUGGUGUCCUUUGAAAGUGAUUCUUUAAAGUCGACUUGAGCAAUGAAUAGAGUAUAUUGAGCUUUCCUGUGGCUAAGAAGAAGAAACAUGUCAUCCUGUUGGCAUCAGCAAGCACCUAACUCUUUCUAGGUAAUAAAAAGUCAACUGUCACUUCAACAUAAAUGUUUAAAACCACUCUUUAGUUAAAUCCGAUGGGAACUGAACAAAGCUCCACCACUGUGUCUGAAAUCAUUUUACACAGGGAAAAAAAAAACAAUCAGCAUAAUUGUAAGAAUGAUUUUUUGGGGCCCACAUUCAACCAAAGAACAAGAAUAAAACAGACGAUUUUCUAAUAUAUACACAGCAAACUACAGAAUGUCAUACUAUCCACCUGUGAAACAUCUAGUAAGCAAUUGCAUCUAUAUUUUAUUUCUCAAGUUGGCCUGGCACUAAUAAAUAUGUGAAAGCUUAUUCAAGUGUCCCAGUACUUCGGCACUUCCCAUCCUUUUGGAAACUCCUAUCUUGCCUCCCUCCCAAAAGGGCUGUUUCUUUUAUUUAAAAAAAAAAAAUAGAAUUAAAUUUGAGAAAAGGAGAAACCCUGAAAUGUAGCAGAACUUUGAGAGUCACUUACAAUCUCCUUAAACAUUAUUAUCUCCUUAUCCUUGUCCUUUUGUGAUGCUAGUAAUGGCAGAAAAGGAACAAAUCCAAGACUCUAGGUCUCCCUUUUUUGUUUUACUGAUUUUAUUAUAGAAUUGUUUUUAAGCCUCUUACGGAUGAAAGCUGCAUUUAAAUACUAUCUACUGACUUUAUAGUAGACAUGGCCAUUUAUAGAACGGUCUGUCCAUUUCUUGGGUCAUUUUCAGAGAAAGAAAACAAGCAAAAUAGGUUCUUUUGAAUAUGAAGAAUUUAAAAGUAUAAUUGAAGAUGUAGUGAGUAUUUAUAAUUGGACCUUAGUUACACAUGCAUUUCUCAAAGGGCUUGUCAUUACAGGAGAUAUUCAGCACUUACAUAAGAUCAAAAUGUCUUCAUCCCAAACUGGGAAUCGAAUUAUUUCAUGCCAUAUGCAUGAGGUUUGCAGAGAUUUCAAGAUUAGCCACUUUGAUUGAAAGAAGAAAAUGAUCAAACCUAAAAUAAACUACACACGGAGAAUCUCUCUCUCUCUCUCUCUCUGCCUCUCUCUCUCUUUCUCCCUCUUCUUCCUUCUUUCUCUCUCACAAGCACACACACACACACACACAUUCUCCAUUCUCCAGGCAUUACCAGAUGGUUAGGAGAAGUGAGUUCUCUCUGGCCCCCUAGUUCCCUCGGCUCUGCUCUCCUUUGCCCAUCAUCUCCCUGUGGCCUCUAUGCUAGUCCUCCCUAUUCCCCUAAUCACCCUUUUCCUCUUAAGCCCAGUCUUGAGUCUCUACAUUUUUUCAUUUCUCUUUACCCUUUAGUGUACAAUAGUUGUAGACUCUGAUGGAAUGAAAACAAACAAGAAGCCUAAGAGUUAGACCCUGCUGUGGCUAAAGAUCUAGAAGGCCUAUCGAUUUUCUCUGUCAGGCUUCCUAUGUUACCCAUGGGCAGGGUUCAUUGCUCUGCAGAGCGCUGGGAGCCCCUUCAUGUAUCGAGAGAGAAGCCGGAGCACAGAGCUCUGCUGCAAAGUUGGCUGUUUCAGCUCUGACUCAGGGAGGAAAGAAGGAUGCCAACGCUCUGUCACAGUGGAGAAGUCUAAUACCAGAGUGACACAGAGAAGGAUUCCAGGGAUCAGCCAGGGUGUCCUGUACUUAUCUGAGUAGAGAUGAUUCAAGGAUGGGGACAUAUUCCAGGAAAUUGCACAAUCUUCUCCUGACAGCUUCGGAGGACAAGUGAAGAUAGUGCAGUAAAGUCAAAGAAGCAAUGAAUUUAGGAUGAGGAACCUGAAGUUCCCGGCCCAGUUUGGUCACUGCUUAGUUACCUGUCCUUAGGCAUGUUUGUCACUUAACCUAAACUUUCUGGGUUUUCUCCUCAUUGCUCAAACUAAACAACAACACCAAAGCUUCUCUAAUUUGCCUUCUAAUGGCAAAUCGGUCAAAACUGAGGUCAGCAACUACCAUGAUGAAAGUAAAAUGGUAUAUUGGGUGAAUGCUGGAAGAUUUCAGAUUUUAUAUUCUGUAAAGGUAUUUACUUACUAUAUUUCAACACCACAAAAUCUUGAAAUUUGGAAGCUAACCAAGGAAGCUUUGAUAUUUGUUGGUAAACCCAGAGUAGUAUGGUUUCAAAUACCACUCCAAUCCAGCACCUGAGGUCAGGCAACCUCACAAAAUAGAGUUUCUGGGUAGCAAGUGUUUGCCUUGGUUUUACAAUAGCAUUUCUCAUAAUAGAACUGAAACUGAUUACAACACUCCAAAGUUAUUUGUUUAACCUAAACAACCCUACUUCUAGCACCUCCUCUGAAAGAAUAUUUUGCUCCGAUGCUACGUGCAACAAACUUAUUUAAACAGUAUCAACUCCAGCCUUUAAUAGGUUCAAGGGCAAUUUUACUACUUCCUUUCUACACACUAAAGUUACACUCUCUUCUCCUGUUUUGAUGACUCUAAAUAUUCAGCCUCUCCCAGCAUUAAUGUUGUGUGAGUCAACAUUGCACACCUAAGAGAAAGGUUUCUAGAAAGGUAACCCAGUGUUCUUUAGAACUGGAGAAUUCCAUUUUCUUUUUUUGGCUUUAGUGUUAAUGUCUGGGAAGGGAGGCUCAUGAUAAGAUAAUAAAAAUGAGUAAAGAAGAUCUAGUUCAUAAAAUGACUAUACUCCACAUGAGUUUGUAACUGCAUUUGUUGUAUGGCUCAGAAAUGAGCAAGUGUUAGUAUUAUUAGGCACGCAUCACGUUCACAGCUUCACGCAGAGAUGGGUAGUGCAUUUGGAUAUAUGGAAGUUAUCCAAAUGCGUUGCUAGAACACCAGGCCUAUGUUUGUUCUGGUAGAACCACAGAGACUCACACAAAGUUCUGACCCUACCACUCUGGUCUGGGCUGAGACCACCCCCAAAAAAUCAUCUAGAGAACCAAAGGGGCUCACGUCUCAGUUGCAUUCUAUGUAAAAGAUAAAGGGGCCAUACUCUCCACUGCAAAGAAGCAUUAGUAAAACUUCCUGCACCCAAAUUAUAAUCCGGCAAUCCUACCUUAAACUAAAAAGGUUAUCCCCAGAAUAUAAAGCUUACUAUUGUUCUUUCUUGGAGUCCAAAAUGCUUAGCAGUCCUGCAGUUCACAUACAAAACUCAAAACUAUUUUUAUCCUGUAUUCUGUGAGUUCCUUGAUGAUAGUAAUUGGGUCUUAUUCAUCACUCUGUAUCCUGUGGCUCACACAGAAUCUGGCAAAUUGCAUAUAUUCAAUAAAUGUUGAAUAUCAAAUAACCUCCUUAUUAAUAUAACAAAUAUUAUCAAAAUUCUGUGCACAUCAAUGUCCCAUGCUGCUACUGUAGUCAGGAGUUAUUUGGCUGGGAAAUGGAAAAUGGUCACAAAUAUGAUGGUUAUCUAAUAAAAUAUCACUGAGCAAUAAGGAGAAAUAUUUUAAAUAGAUUUGAAAUUGUGAACAAAUAAUUUAGGGUCCAAAAAGGAAAAAGAAAAUUAACUCUCUCUUUUAUCCCUAGAACUCAGAAACUUUACUGGAUUGGUCAUCAAAGAGAAACUUUUUAUUGUAUAAAAGAGUAGAAUUCAUGGAAGGGAUAAUUCUUUUGAAACAGGCUUCUCGGUUACUUGCCUUAGUAAAAGAAGUAUCUGGAGGGCCUGGAGAGUUCAUAAACAUAGUUUUCUGUACAAGUGAAGAUCUGUAGUUUGGCUUAAAAAUCCUUGCAUGUAGUUUUGCUUGGUGUGGAAAGUUAUUAGGAGACAAUCGUGUAUCCUGUUCUGCAAGCAAUCAAACACAUGAUCUCCCUUCUAUCCAUUCCUCAUCCAGUACAUGGGCAUUUCCAGCCUCCUACAUGUAACACUUCAAACUUCCUCUGGGCGUCUGCUUAGAGCUAUGCGAUGGCCACAGUUUGGGCAAGGCCCUUCUUUCUUUUAAAUAUAGGAACUGUUACCAAGUUUGGUGCAGGCUUGAGAAAUAAUUACAUAAAACUGGGCUUCCACGAUGGUGAAUCAGCAUGCUGAUUUCUCUUGGCAGGAAGCUCUCAGGGAAAUGUCUGUGAAUCAUUUAAAGAUGCUCUCCGGUGGAUAGAGAAACCGCAGUCCAAAAACAGAUGGGUGUAUAUUUGCUUUGUAAGCAAAGGGCAUGUAUCAUACUCGCAUCUAAAACAGUGUCCACAUCUUUGCCAAAGGCACUGAAUUUUACCUUUUUUUAUUACCUCGUGGCCAGCACUUCCUCAGUAGGCAUUUCAGGUGUGUCACAAACCAUGUUCAUUUUUAAUCUUGAAAAAGUCAAUCGUCUGUAGUCUGUACUAUAAAAUGAUGCCUGCAACUUUGUGGUGAAUAUUAUCCCCAAGUUAACAGUGAAAUAAGUAAAUAAAACUAUUAUUGAACAAA